CAUCAGCCAUUAUUGCAUGCAGUAAUCCUGCCACUUGGAUACUUUCUAUGGUCUCGUUUUUCUUCCUACCGGCAGAGAAAGAAAGACGGGGGAUCUGGUGCACCCCAGAAGUAUGAGCCUUUGGAAGAGUUAGGAGAUUCCACCGCGGACGCCCCGCCCUUUCAAGUAAGUAGUUGCAUGGUCAUGUGUCACAUCAUUACUCACCUUUCCACAGCCCAGUUCAGAUGCACCGUACGACCCGCCGACAGCCAGGCUAUCGUCGUUCCCUCCUGGAUACGUUGUUCCUGAGAUCGGCUACGAGUACAAGUCCCCGCCAGACCGUGCAGACGCCCCUAAGAAGACGCCUCCACCGUCUCCUUCCCCCUCCCUUCCACCGCUUCCGUCAUUCCCUGGGGAUGCUCCACCGCCGUACGGGCCGCCGACCUAUGUGUCUCACGUCGGCCCUCGACCACUAUAAGCUUCUAUCUUCUCUCCAGUCGCUAAAUUAUUUGGAGAAUUCUAUGUUAUCGUCUUCAUUAGAGAGGCAUCAUAUACAUGUAUUUGUUGUCCGAUUGUGUUCUAGACCAGUCAUCACGGCCGCAGAGCCUCUCAGACUUGCUACUAUAGCUAAAAUGCGCUAGCUUUGCGAGCGCAUCAGUACUACGUUAUUGUUUGAUGACAUGUUCUGUACUAGCACCCUCUAGUUGGAAUGCAGCAGAUCGUUCCUUCAGCUGUCAGGAGUAGUUGCCUGUGAUCUAGUGGUGCAGCACAAAGCC